UUAAUCUCUAAAAUCCUGGAUGCGUCCAUUUCGUUGCCCUUUUCUUAAUUAGGUAUAUUAAUAUGGCGCUAUGUAAUAAAUACGAAAUUUACUUUACCAUAAAUUAUCAUUUGUUACGCAUUAAUAUUAGUGUAGAUCUGGCAACAUUGCGCUUAUAUAACCCUAAUGUUUGCCGCCUACCGACUGCGUAGACAUAUUGCUACUUUAUGCCUGCAGGUCGCGAACAACAUCGCUUCCAAAUACAAAAUAUAAUUGCUUUGAAGGUAGAAUCUUCGCAGUAAGUUUCUGCUCUUUUGCAGAAUCAUCGGACCAUUUUUGCAGCCAAAUUUAAUUAUUGCUCUCACUCGGCCUUGGCGGCAGCAACAAAGGAAGUAUCUGGGCACAAACUUUUGAGCGGAAAAUGCGCACGAUACAAUAAUGAUUUAUCUCGUUUAGGUAGUGGCGUGAAAAUAGAUAACGUAAAAAAUUAAAAUCAUCAGCGAGAGUGUCUGGUUUGUUAGUGCGCGGUUUUUGAAUUUGUUUGAAGCGUUAGUAACCGGGUCGCGCGCUGGAAUCCUUAUGAGCGCCGUCAUAAUCGUAACACGCGUUGAAAUUGAAUUUGACCUUAAAAAAAUACUAUUGUAACAGUAUUCAGUUUCACUCCUUGUAUAAUUCUUAUCUCUCAACUGCUUAAUAUUUGUUUAUUGCUAUUUUUUCGUUCAAUUAAUUGUAUUGUGCACUUCAGAACGCAAAUAUUAGCGUUUGGUUCAAUGGCGAUUCAUUGUCUUUAAAUUAAAUAUUACCGGCACAGUUUUAGUUUAUCGACGCAUCGAAUUAAAACGAGAUCGGGAUGACUUUUCAAAUGACGGUCGAAAUUCCUCUCUUUUUGACUGUCUUAGGAUUGUUGCUGACUGAAGCCGAGGAAGUACUAAUGGAUUAAUGGAAAACUACACAGGGUGUGCGAUUUUCAAUUAUUGUCUUUCCGUUAAAAUGACGCUGAACAGGAUAUAAAUGAUACAACCUCUCUAAUUUAACCUACCUCCCAGCUCCAAUAAUAAAGAACAAAUGUGACAACAAAUCUGAUGAUAUACCGAACUUGCUACGCCUUAUUAGGAUUCAAUAAAACUGAGUGUGCCAAAUUGGGAAUGGACAACGAUUCAACUACAGCAGAACUCGAAAAAAAGGUGGAACCAACUGCCGACAUAAUCGCGAUGUACAAGGGGAUUCUGGAAUCCAUCACCGGAUGUAUACUGUGUAUAUUUGUGGCACCCUGGAGUGACAGGUUCGGGAGAAAACCUGUGCUUGUAGCGGGCUCUAUAGGAGGUACAUGUAUGAUGUUGAUUAUGGUCGGAUUUUCCUUUUUGGAAAAUUUAUCACCCUGGUACAUGUUGUUGUGUAUUAUUCCUUCAGUGCUAACGGGAGGCGGAACUGCAUUUACUACAGUGCUAACUGCUUAUUUAACAGACAGAACUGACGAACAACAUAGGGGGUUUAGGAUGGGAAUAUUUGAAGGCGUAAUGGCUACGGCCGUACUUAUUGGUACUGCUUCCAGUGCCUACAUUUUAAAAGCUACGAGCUACGUGUUUAUGUAUUUGCUGGGUACCCUGUGUUCACUAAUUUCUCUCGUCUAUAUAAUAUUUUUUGUGCCGGAAUCGUUGGAAUUUCGAGAAACCGAGAACAAAGUGAAAGGAUUUUUCGAAAUAUCCAGCAUAAAAGCCAUGUUCAACACGGCAUUCAAGCAACGAGAAGACUACAAACGGGCAAUUAUCUUAAUGCUUAUAGUUGUGUUGAGUCUAUUUUACGUCAUCAUUGGGGGUGACGGUAGUGUUUACUUCCUGUUCCUAAGGGAAAAAUUCCAAUGGAGUUUGGAAAAAUAUAACUGGUUUAGUAGUGCAACAAAUAUUCUGUGGAUAGUAGGUACUGUUUUAAUAGUUUACAUAUUUCACCAUCUGCUAAAAGUAGAGGAAGCUUUUUUGAUUUUUGCUGGUUUUUUGGGAAAUUUAUUUGGAGCUUUUAUCACAGGCUUCGCAACAAAAGACUGGCACAUUUAUUUAGCCGCACUAGUCAGACUUCCUGGGGCAGGUUUAACUCCGAUGGCGAAAUCUUUGAUGUCGAAACUUGUUCACGACAACGAAGUGGCCAAAAUAUUUUCGGUAUUUAAUAUAGGCUCAAGUCUAUUCAGUAUGGCGGGUGCCCCUAUCUACACCAAUUUAUAUAACGCGACAAUUAAUAGCAAUCCGGCCAUUUUCAAUUUCUUUACCGCUGGAAUACAUAUAUUAAAUACCAUUAUUUUGGGAGUAAUCCUGUAUAUCAAAAGGCCAAUGCAGAGCUAUGUACCGCUAACAAAUGAAAGUCAGACCGAAGAUCCCGUAGAACAGCCAGCAAGAAACGAAGUUCAUUCAAUCCAGCGCCAGUAAACACUGUAGUUCUAUUACGUUAGAGACAUAUAUUUACGGAAUAAUGGUUACCAAAGACACUUGCCUGGCAAGCUGUUCUUCUAUAAUAUUGAAGUUUAUUUUAUUUUUAUACGAUUUUUCGGGUGAUAUUUUAAGUGAUAGUAGACGUUAGGACCUGGUGCUGUUUGUUUAAUAUUUCUUCACAUCUUUUAACAAACUCCAUAAAAGCAAUUGUGAUUAAAAUUUUAUUACGUAGGUAUCUAAUUGACAAAUGUGUGAUAAACUCACAUAUCGUAAUGACGUAAUAAUUGUAACAAUUAUCGACUUUAUUUAUAAUAAUCAAAGUAUACAUGUGCCAAUUCUAGUCUAAGGCUAUUCGAACUUAAUAAUCAGAAGUUAAUAAAAUAUAUUUUUUAUUAUGUGAAUACAAUACAACUUUAUUAGUAAAAAUUGUAAAUUAAAUGGCCACUGAAAUGGUUUGCUCAUCUAUCGGAAAUAAUAUACAUCGAAUGAGGAAAUGCGAAUAUUUUUUUCUUUCCUCCGUUUCUUGUGAAAAUAUUGCUGAAUUACCGGUAGUUGAUAAUAUUUGUGUCGAAGAACACAAUUUAUUCGUAUUUAGUUUCGUUUUUCUCAGUAUUAACGUCUUAACUUGAAUAACUAAUUUUUCAGAUAAAAAGGUCUGUAUUUUGUUAUGCAUAGAAAAAUAAAUUUGAC